CGUGGUAGCUUCUGUAAACAGUAUCCAUUCAUCCAGACCGACAAUUCCGUAAUAUACGUGCACCAUAUCCAGAUAUUAGUCAUUCAAAAGCGAUGAGACCGAAUUUACCAAGCAACAGUUCAAAAGAGGCAAAUAUGAAGAUAAUACCUAAAAUGUUACUUCACAUAAGAAAAAACUAAAAAUAUUAGCGACAGUAUGACGAAAGACAGUGACAUCACUACAAUUUUUAAUCCUAGAAGCUCGAAUCGUAACCGCACCCCCAGUGUCUUGGUUACGGAGGAGGGCGUGGCCAACGGUCCAUCCUUUGGUCAUUCUGACAGCGUAAACAGCCAACCCGAUUCUGUGGAGCCGUUGUCACCGGCCACGCCCCAAGGAACCAGCAAUGGUGGAGUGAAUGGCAGGGGAAAUCAACCGGGCGGAUUGAGAGGGAAGAUCAAGAGUUGCUCGGCUGUGUUUUGUUCCAAAUCUGCCAGAAAAAUAUAUUUCGGAAUAUGGGUUACCGUUUGCGUAACGGCAUCCUGGGUCGGAGCCACACACAGCAUAAAAUAUCUUUAUCUACAAACACCAAAAGACGAUUAUGAUAUUAACGAUGCCAUCUUGGUACCUCACGAUACUUCCGAUGUAAAUAUGAGUGUGGUACGCACCAGAUACACUAUUUCGUAUCAAGCACCAUUUUUUACUACAUGGUUCGUCACAAAUUGGACGAUGCUAUUUUUUCCUUUGUAUUUUAUUAGUAGACUGAGCACAAAGAGGUGCGAAUCGAUGUCGGACAUAUUGUCCGAAAGCAUCAGAGAUUUCAGAGACAAAGGCUUUACUGCAGGUCGGUUUAUGACAAGAUGCAGUAUAUUUUGUCUAUUAUGGGUGGGCACAAAUUAUAUGUACAUAUUAUCGUUAAAAAUAUUAUUCGCAACAGAUGUCAUGGCACUUUUUGCCACCAACGUGUCGUUCGUAUAUCUUUUAAGCUGGGUGAUAUUACAUGAACAAUUUGUCGGAAUACGUAUAAUGGCUGUGAUAAUAUGCGACACUGGUGUUGCAUUACUUGCUUAUAUGGACGGUAUUACCGGAAGUCCAACUCUGGGAGGUGUUGUUCUAGCUACUUCUGCAGCUGCCGGAUCAGGAGUUUACAAGGUUUUAUUUAAGAAGAUUAUCGGAGAAGCGACGUACGGCCAAGUCGCGCUCUUCUUCUCGCUCAUCGGAAUGCUCAACGCCGCACUAUUGUGGCCCUUAAGUUUAGGUCUGUUCUUGACUGGGGUCGAAACGCUCCACUGGGAUCGACUGCCUUGGCCUGCAUUAUUAAGUGCCAGCUGUCUCUCCUUAGUUGCCAAUUUGCUCGGAAACUUUAGCGUCGCCCUGACAUACGACAUGUUUAUAACUUUGGGUCUUAUUACAGCGGUCCCUGUUUCUGCAGCUCUGGACGUAGUUUUAUAUGGUGCUCAAUUUGAGGGUAUGAAAUUGGCUGGUAUGAUUCUCAUAGCUGUGGGUUUCUUCUUGGUUAUGUUCCCUGAUAAUUGGCCAGACUACAUCACCAGGCUUUUAAGAAAUAUCAUCAUGUUAACACACAGUGCGAGGUGGAAUAGACGAGGCCUUCGCUACGGGCUGCAGAUUCCCGGACGUGACGUCAUCGAUUACCGCACCGGAUACAUCCGUUCUCACCUGCGAUCGCCUUCGGGAAGAGUUAGAUGAUCCAGCCACAGUCCCACGAUCAGGGAGAAAAAGAAUUCGCUCACCAUUCCAGUAACUACUGGUAGAUCGAGUCUACCCGAGAACUUGAUGGGAUAUUUCGUAGAAUAUUUGUAAAUGACUUGUGGCAAAUACAAACAACGGAAAUAUACACAACAAACAAGUUAAGGAUGUUGUAAAUGUGUGCUCGAAUUCAACUUUCAGAAGAGUAGAUAUAAUAUCUCAUACAGGGUGUU